UGCAUAUAUGAAAGAGCCACAAAUCGUAUAACACAUAACGUCCACAGAGCAAACAGGAGACCACGCCUGCAGAGAAGCCCGUUCAAUCAUACACGCCUUGCUGCUGAGGACGAAGCAAGUCCGUGUCAGCCGCACGCCCGUGCCUUUUAGCCAGCAAGGGAGCGAGAGGAAGAGGAGACUGACGCAGGCGGAGCCGAGAAAAAAUAAAAUCACUGGGAAAUAGUGUGCGAGCGGGGCAACGGCAGAGAGAGAAGGAGAGCGAUUCUGUCUGCGCAACCUAGCUGGACACUUGAGAGCGAAGGAGGAAAAAAAGGCUCUGCACGAUGUUCAGCUGCUGCGCGCUCUUCAGCCAGACAGAUGAGCCGGCUGACACGGAACACCUCAAGGCGCUAGACGAUGUUGACGCUGCCGGGGAGGGCGAGAUGUCCAUAAAGGUGGACGGAGAUAACAUGAUGGCCGGGUCGGGCGAGUUCGACGGUACGCCUGUCGCGAGCAGCCCAAGGGUGCUGGCCGCUCAGCGGAGCGCCGACGACGCGUCUUCCGCGAUGCAAAUCGCAGAGAGGGAGGUGUUGCAGGCGAAGAUCGAGAUGUCGAGAUCAGAGGUGGAGGGUAAGGCUGCGGCGGAGGCCGAAGCCGCGGCGCAGGAAGCCACCCGGGAGGCUGAGGCGGACGUAGCCGCCGCGGAAGAGGCGAGGAUUGCUGCGCAGACGGAGGCAGAGACAGCCAGUGCCGAGAGGGCGGAGCAGACGAUGCGGGCUCUUAGAGAAGCAGAGGACGCGGCGCACGCGGCGGCGGAGGAGGCGGAAAGACGCAGGUUCGAAGAAGAGGCUUCGGCGAGGGCGGCGAGGCAGGCAGAGACGGAGGCACGGAAGGCCUUGUGGCGGGCGGAAGAGGCUCAGAAAAUGAAGGAGCAGGCGGGGUCGAAAGCGUUGGAGGAGGCAGCGGCGGUGAGGCGGAUCGCCCAAGAAGAGGCGACAGGCGCGGAGCUCGCUCGAAGGCAGGCCACGGCUGUGCGGAUGGAGACCGCCAGGAAAUACCUCACCGCGAGAUUGUUGAGCGACGAGGGGGUCAGGUUGCUGAAGCACGGCCGCAACGGAAAGAGUAUGCACCGGACGCUGAGGUGCCCGGACCAGGAGUGCGGCACGCUGACGUGGGGCAAGACUCUCCACGACCUGAGGUUGAUGCAGGAGGUCCGCAGAGGCACGGAAGUAGACCCUUCAGAGCCUAACUACACGGGAACAAGUGAGCUCCGUCGCUCGAAAGCGGGCAGAGCGGCCUUGGAUCGAAGCUUCAGCCUCCUCUUCCCCAGCAGGUCCCUCGACUUCACGGUCGCCUCAAAAGGAAAGACGAAUGCGAACAAGUGGUGCUCGGCUUCCAGGCCCUGCUGGCUGCCCAACGAGGGUGAUCCUUGUUUCAUGUUUGUGUCUUUAGUAAAAAUUCUCGCACGGCGGCCGCGGGUGGAGGUGGAGGUGGGGGAUCUUCAAGGGGCGCGCCUGCGGCAAUGGGGGGUUCCGGCCGCUUUCGGCAAGGGGGGCGGGGGGUAUAUCGUGUCCGGAGGUGGAAGAGAGAACCGACUGUGAGAAGCGGCGUCACCCGAACGUUCGGAGAGGGAGGUUUCGCGACUUGUUGAAGUCGCCUGUAGCAAGGCAGGGCGGGGUGGAUGCGGCAGCAGAUGUGUAAAGGAACAAGUUCGGGGGAGGGGGGGGGUAUUCCGGACGUCGGCAUGUCAAAUAAGUGUUUUGUUUCACCGAAAAAGUGGGUAGGCCCCAGAUUUUUUUUCUUCCUUCCGCGCCAUGUCUUGUUUGUUUUGCUCAUUUUUUUUUUCUCGGGGUAUCGCUAUGCAAUAGGGAGGAUCAACAUUCUCCCGAAACACACCAGGUCACGUCUUCGUUGUUCCUUGUGGUCACCUUUCGCCCAGCAGUACAUACGUGAGUUGUGCGGUGAGCACCCUGCCUGCCUGGUGCUGUUUUUUAUCUCGUUUCUCUCUUCUUCGUGGCAAUUUGUUCCGUUCGUAUAUAUUUUUGGACAGCAAAACGAUCACUCCCCCUCCUAUGUUUUUGUAGCUGUACCCCACGAUUGGAUUAAGAGUAGCCGAGGGGCUGGAGUGCUGGCAGGUGUAUGGUAUGUGUUGCACCCGCGGGUCGCCGCGACCUUCUCUGCUGUGCUGAUAUUUCCGGUCGGUCUUGGAGCCGUAGAAAAGCGCCAUCACGACCAUGCACCCCGUGCAACCGUGAGCUACAAGCCAUGGCCGGGUGGUGACUGGGGGCGGAAAACGUCGUACCCACAAGCGUGAUGGUUGGGGUUCGUUGUUAGCCGUUUCCAUGUGCAGCCAUGUUGCUCUAACCCCCCCCCCCCCCCCCCCCCCCCCCCCCCCCCNCCCCCCCCCCCCCCCAGAUAUGUGGUGUUAAUGCGGGGGGUUUCGUAGUGUUGGUGUUGCUGGUAGUUUUCGGUAUUCCUGCUGCUGUUGAUCACGUGAUGAUGAGCGGCUCUCAUUUUUGCUACCGCUUUGCCUGCUCUUACCCUCCGUGCUGCUUUCGCCGCCAUCUGUUCGGAGGCCGGGACAUGCAAAAAAAUUGUUUUCCGGGCUUGUUGUGGCUCUGGGGAAUAGUGUGUCUGAAAAGCCACCGCCACAUAUAUUGGAUGAAGUGCGUGAGGCAGACCUUUUUGUGUGUCGUUUAACAUGUGGAUGUCCAGCGAGUAUUUCGUGCCAUCGACUGACAAAAGUCACGUUGCAUGUCGGAACAUGGGGGUGCGUUGUUUGCAAAGGGGUACAGCAUCGGCGGAUGCAGAUGGGGCGAGGCUCACUCGCGCCAAAGUAAGUUUUUUUCGGUCCCACACAUGAAUUGUUCGAGCUUCUUAUGUGUUUUGAAUUGCGUUUCACGCUGUAAACCAACAAGAUAUCGAUGAUUCGUGGUGCAAUGUGCAAUGAUCAUGCUUGUUUUUCUUUCAUGAGGUUUUGAGGCUUCGUAAUGUUCUUCUGCGGCGAGGGAAGGAGGACAUGCACUUGGCAUACGAAAAUGCUUGUUUGGUGCGGGA